ACGAUGGAUUGGACGAGUCCGAGCCAAUGUGCCCCUGAAGAUUGAAUCUUCCAAAACGGCCGCUGUGCUAUGUCACUUCAUCGGCUCAUGGAUUCCUCAAGCUCACUGAACGAGGAGGCAUGGGAUGCCACGACGGGCAGGUCAUGACGAUACCGCCGGACCUCGAAUGCGCCUCGGUCGAACCUGUGCAGUUGACAUCUAAGCACGUUGGUGGCCUUCCCGUGGAAGUACUAAAGGCACAGCUUUGCACGAGCCCGAAUCCAACGGCAUCGCACGACCCUGCCAUCCAGUCCCAGACACAUCCAUCCAAACCGACGUCCGACGUUCCCCUCAUGCUCUUUGUCUUUUCUGGCAUCAUGGCGUCGUUCACAAUUAAUGGGAUGGCGCUGGAAAGCCUGACCAGCAUCCACGCCAUCGGAGAGAAUACGCUCACGCUGAUCACGGCGGUCCUGUACGCCAUGGUUGGGUUGGGUCUCAAACGCGCGUCAAGAGAGCCCCCGUCGACGCUCCCCACCAAGUACUACCUCUUCCUCUCUGCCCUCACCUUCGCGUCCACGAUGGCGUCGGUGUUCGCGCUCCGAUAUGUGUCCUUUAUCACCCGAAUCCUGGGCAAAUCGUGCAAAUCGAUUCCGGUCAUGGUGCUUGGAGUUCUCUUGGGUAAACGAUACCCUGUCAAAAAGUACGUGUCUGUCGUGCUGCUGUGCCUUGGAGUCGCUGUCUUCCUCGCGGGAUCUGCCCACCAUCACCAAGGCGCCGCACGUGCUCCCAUGUCGGCCGCAGCCAGCCCCAACGCCUUGCCUCCGACACAGACAUCCGCUACCGCCCCAGCGGACGAUCCAGCAAAUCUCGCGAUUGGCAUGGCCCUCCUCUUGGUGUCCUUGUUUUGUGACGGGGCGACGGGGGCGCUGGAAGACAAGUAUGUACACGAGUACGCAGUUGGCGCGUUCGACCUCAUGUUUUACCUCAACGGGUACAAGGCACUGUGGGCGUGCAUGGGGGUCGUGGCGUCGGGCGAGCUGCCCAACGUAAUCUCCACAGUCACUGUGUCCAUCCUGCCGUUGGUUGCCCUGAGCCUCAGCGGCGCAUUCGGUCAAGCGUUUGUGUUUUUCAGCAUCAGCAAAUUCGGCGCGCUUACCACGGCCAUCGUUGGCACCAUGCGCAAAGUUUUGAGUGUAGCGCUGUCUGUCGCGCUGUUUCACCACGAUUUAAGCAGCAUGCAAAUCGUGGGACUUGCAGUUGCUUUUGGCGCAAUUGGACUCAAUUGGGUUCGACUCGACCUGGCUCCGUGGACGCCUUGUUGGUCGCGUGGUCGGUUGGAGCUCCACGUCGUCGCGACCGACGGCGACGAGGUGGUGCAGCUCAUGCCUGCUUCCACGGGCCCUGAAGAGAUGGAAACGAAUCAUGAGCUAAACGAGCCGUCCAAGUGCACUGCAGAGAAUAUCAAGGCCAUGCAAGCUCUCGCACGGUGGGACCGAGCAACUGCCCCCACGUCGACAUCACAUUGCAGUACGAGCGCCGUUUAAUCGUAAUUCAAAUAGUUCGUCCAACGA